UACUGGAAUUAACACGAAAAUGAGGCGACGGCAAGAAGACCGUGGUGGGGUUGACCGCAACCCGCGAUUGGUGCAAGACUCAUACAUCCAAAGGUCGACUUUAAUUUCACUUCUCUUCCUUCUAACCAUUGGCCUCACCCUCAAGGUGAUAUUGAAUUGCCUUCACCAUGCCUCCAUCUGCGGCAAUGAAUUUACGCAAUUCCUUUGGCGAUCGGAAGAUCCCCGAUAUCUCGCGCAAGAUUACGGCAUGUGUCUUGUGUCGCAAACUCAAGGCGAGGACUACACGAUAAAAUGUCAUAUGACUGAUAAUAAGCCCCCUUGCAGCCGCUGUAAAGGGCGUGGGCUUGCGUGUUCUGUCAAUAAGAGCCUCCAAAUGCUCUUGGAGAAUGAUGCUUCAUGGAAGGAACAGAUGGAAGAUCGAAUGAGCAAGCUAGAACAGUCUAUCGAACAAAACACAACUCAGCCUUCUGCGGUUGCCUCGGGCAAUGCCGCUCUGCCGCAGCCACUUAGUUUCAACAGCGUCGAAACUGACAUUCCCGGCGGUUUAUCUAAUUCCUUACCUCUGGAGACACCUGAAAGAGUCACUUUGAAUCUGUCAUGCAGUCUUGGCGCAUUUCCAGCAUCGUCUAUCAUCAGUCUUACGCUGGGUGACAUUGGAGCAGCCCCAGGACGGAACCCCGACCCAGUUUCAUGCGGAUAUAUCUCACAGGAGAUAGCGGAGGAACUCUUCGUAUUCUUCAAGCAAAACUUGGACCCUUGCAUUCACAAUACCCUCGGCGAGAACGACUCUUUCAGUACCAUCCGUACACGCUCUCCGCUCUUCAUCACUGCAAUAUGCACAGUGUCUGCCUUUUGCACUGGCUCCGAUAAAUACAGUCCCUUACUAAAACAUUUCACAAACCAAGUCUCCGCGAAGUUAUUUUCGUGCAAUCAUACAUUCGACGACGUCCGCGCGCUGUGUAUUGGAGCUUUAUGGUUGAACGAAGUUUCCACCGCGCUGAACAGUUUAGCUGUUCGCAUUUCCACAGAGCUGGAUUUGCACAGGUGCAUCACAAAAAUGCCUCACACAAAACGAGCCUGCUAUGACCGUACCCGGUUAUACUGGCUGGUAUACCUCUGCGAUCAUCACUGCUCUCUCAUCCACGGAAGACCUCCCCUUACGCGAGACUUCUACUCAUUAAGAAGGCCACGAGAUUUUCUGCAAAGCUAUUUCACCAACGCUUCUGACUUAAGUCUAAUCAGCCAGGUCGAGCUGUGGUCCAUCAGCAGUCGUGUCUUUGACAUGUUCGGUGCGGAUAUUGAGUACAGUGCCGCUAGUCAGCGGUCGAAUGAACUGGCGCAGCUGAGUGCUGCCUACGAUAUAUGGUUGGAGGAAUGGCUUGCCAUGCUUUCCUUCACGAACGUACCGAGCACAUUUUCACGCCGUGUCUUCGAUCUUUAUUUGCAUUCCGCGAAAUUAUAUCUCUUCUCGCAUAUUUUUCGAGGCUCGUCGCAGGAUACAAAACUCUCCAGCUCUGGGUCCGAAUCUGAUACCGACGCGGACAAGUUUGCACACGGCGCGGCGAGAAGUGCUCUGGCAAUUAUCAGGUGCAUUGUGGAUGACAAUAAAUCAUCCUCGUGGCUGGGAAAAUUACCAACCUAUAUUGGGACCAUGGUGGCAUUUGCCUGUGUCUGCUUGGUAAAGAUAUCCGUCGAGCAAAGACCGUGGGCUCAGGACCUUCAAGCCGAGGGUAUUCCCAGUUACCUUCAGCGACUAGUUCAGGUCCUCCUCUCGUCGCCGGUUGUCAACCACCCCACACAUCCUCUACUGAGCAUUGCCAGGAGUCUGGAGACUGCCACUGCUGUCGCUGGGGGUGUAUAUGGCCAAGACUCUCUAGCCUCAAUCGAUAUGCGAGAUUUGGACCUUGAUCUGGGAUUUUUUGAUAUGUUUACCAGCGAUACGUUGAAUGGGUGUACUGAUAACCACGGUGCAUUUCCAGGGAUGUGA